AUGUCCAAGACAGCCAAGUACCUCCUCGUCUCCCUCCCCACCUCCAUCACUCCCUCCCACCAUCGCGACGAUGCCCUCGACGCCGUCUCCGCCACCGUCGCCCCGGAAAACGGAUCGGUCGCCCCCUUCUCCAUCCCGGAGUUCAAGAUCGGCACGUUAGACGCCCUCGUGCAGCAGGCCGACGAGCUGGCCAAGCUCGAGUCCGCCUGUCAGGCCGUGGUGGUGAAGGUCGGAGAUGCGUUGAAGAACAUCCUGGACGGCGACGAAGCGCAGAUCGAGAAGAUGAAGACCGUGAAUGACAAGCCGGUGGACCAGUAUCUGCGGACGUUCUCGUGGAACAAGGUCAAGUAUCGGGCGGAUAAGUCGCUGGGUGAAUUGAUCGACCUUCUUCAGAAGGAGGCCGCUAGCAUUGAUAACGACAUCCGGACGAAAUACUCCCAAUACAACCAGGUGAAGGGUAACCUGGCGACUCUUCAGCGGAAGCAGACAGGCAACCUAUCGACCAAGUCGCUCGCCUCCGUCGUCGAUCCUCGCGCCAUCGUUCAAGAUUCCGAAUACAUCGAGACUCAUCUCGUCGCCGUGCCAUCCCAGCAGAUCAAGGAGUUCCUGAAGACGUACGAGACUGUGUCGCCGAUGGUAGUUCCGCGGUCGGCGACGCUAGUCGCGUCGGACGACGAGUUCACGUUGUACGCCGUCACCACGUUCCGGAAACACAGCGUCGAGUUUGUGCACAAGGCCCGUGAAAACAAGUGGAUUCCCCGCGACUUCAAGUACGUCGAAGGCGGCAAGGAGGAGGAGCGCAAGGAGUUCGAGCGCGUGGGCGGCGACGAGCGCAAGCUCUGGGGUGAGACGCUGCGACUGGGCCGCACGGCGUGGAGCGAGGCCGUCAUGGUCUGGAUGCAUGUGUUGGUCCUGCGGGUGUUCGUCGAGACCGUCCUGCGAUACGGUCUGCCUCUUGACUUUGUCUGCACCAUUAUCCGGACUCCCAGUUCGAAACAGGCCGACAAGGCCAAGUAUAACCUGGACGAGAAAUACUCGUAUCUGGCCGGCAACGCCUUCGGCCGCGACAAGAAGGGCCGGGUCAAGCGAGACGACCCGGGCGAGAUGCACGGCGAGGGAGGUGGCGAGUACACGGCAUAUGUGUACUAUGAUUUUGAAUUCAACUAA